GGAGGGUGUGUGUGCGCGCGUGUGAGCAGGGGGUGCCGGCGGGGCUGCAGCGGAGGCACUUUGGAAGAAUGACUCUGGAGUCCAUCAUGGCGUGCUGCCUGAGCGAGGAGGCCAAGGAAGCUCGGCGGAUCAACGACGAGAUCGAGCGGCAGCUCCGCAGGGACAAGCGGGACGCCCGCCGGGAGCUCAAGCUGCUGCUGCUCGGGACGGGAGAGAGCGGCAAGAGUACGUUUAUCAAGCAGAUGAGAAUCAUCCACGGGUCGGGCUACUCCGAUGAAGACAAAAGGGGCUUCACCAAGCUGGUGUAUCAGAACAUCUUCACAGCCAUGCAGGCUAUGAUCAGAGCCAUGGACACGCUCAAGAUCCCCUAUAAGUACGAGCAUAAUAAGGCUCAUGCACAGUUGGUUCGAGAAGUCGACGUGGAGAAGGUGUCUGCUUUCGAGAAUCCAUACGUAGAUGCCAUCAAGAGUUUAUGGAAUGAUCCUGGAAUCCAGGAAUGCUAUGAUCGACGACGAGAGUAUCAGUUGUCUGACUCUACCAAAUACUAUCUUAAUGACUUGGACCGCGUUGCUGACCCCGCCUACCUGCCUACGCAGCAAGAUGUGCUUAGAGUUCGAGUCCCCACCACAGGGAUCAUCGAAUACCCCUUUGACUUACAAAGUGUCAUUUUCAGAAUGGUCGAUGUAGGGGGCCAAAGGUCAGAGAGAAGAAAAUGGAUACACUGCUUUGAAAAUGUCACCUCUAUCAUGUUUCUAGUAGCGCUUAGUGAAUAUGACCAAGUUCUCGUGGAGUCGGACAAUGAGAACCGAAUGGAGGAAAGCAAAGCACUCUUUAGAACAAUUAUCACCUAUCCCUGGUUCCAGAACUCCUCGGUUAUCCUAUUCUUAAACAAGAAAGAUCUUCUAGAGGAGAAAAUUAUGUAUUCCCACCUAGUUGACUACUUCCCAGAAUAUGAUGGACCGCAGAGAGAUGCCCAGGCAGCUCGAGAAUUCAUCCUGAAGAUGUUCGUGGACCUGAACCCAGACAGUGAUAAAAUUAUCUACUCCCACUUCACGUGCGCCACAGACACCGAGAACAUCCGCUUUGUCUUUGCUGCCGUCAAGGACACCAUCCUCCAGUUGAACCUGAAGGAGUACAACCUGGUCUAAUUGUGCCUCCUCGACACCGCCCUUCCCUUCCCUGGUGGGCUAUUGAAGCUGUACAAGAGGGACUGUAUUUCUGUGGAAAACAAUUUGCAUAAUACUAAUUUAUUGCCGUCCCGGACUCUGUGUGAACGUGUCCACAGAGUUUGUAGUAAAUAUUAUGAUUUUAUUUAAACUAUUCAGAGGAAACACAGGAUGCUGAAGUACAGUCCCAGCACAUUUCCUCUCUCUCUUUUUUUUAGGCAAAACCUUGUGACUCAAUGUAUUUUAAAUCCUCGUCAUGCACUCGCCCAGAUAAGGGUUGUUUCUCUUUUUUUUUUCUUUUCUAUUGAGCAAAACAAAGCUGAUUGCCCUUCUGCUAACCCAUACCCGCCCCCCCCCCCCCCCCCCCGCUUUUUCCCCCGGUUACAAUGGCCUUUACCUUAGUUCCGUUCUUGGUCAAGUUUUUCUCCCAAAUGAUACAGUCAGGACAGCAUCAUUUGAUUUAAGCCAUUGACAUCAGCUUAAUUUCAAUGUUUGUAGUUUCGCUGAAGGAUUCUCAAUAUUAAUACUGUGGUUUCACUGUAUGGCCCUGGAUAUACAUACAGAGUUGUUUUAUAUAAAUAUAUUGUCUUGCCUCACGUUGGGCUAGGAUGACGGAUGCCCAUCUUACGGUUAAGUGUCAUUUCUUUUGGAUUUCUACCUUCAGCCAUAGCUUGGUUGCUCAGAGAGAGAGAGAUGCACAAGUCGGUAAGGCAAGAACAGAGACACAAAGUUUUUGUUUUUUUAAAUGCCAUGUGCCAUGGUCCUUCCACCCACCCUUUUUUUUUUUAACCCUCUCUUUAAAUUGCAGAUGCCAAAAAAUAUAUGUAUGUAUAUGCCAACAGACACUACAUAACCCCAAAGGCUGCUACCCAGAACCUUUUUCUUAGGUUGUUCUUGGUUUCUCCCCCUCUUGGUUCAGGUUUUUCCUCCCUUUUUUCCCAUUUAGUGUUUGGGCCAGAAUUUAUUAUGGGUGUGUGUUGCCAAAGCUGGCUUUUUAUAAAAGGAAGAUGGUGAAAAUGUAAAAGAUAAAAGCCAGUAUCUUAAAAUGGAAGAGAGUAAGACUGAGUCCUAAAGUAAUUGGCUGAGAGCAACCCCGAAACACCAAACAAUCAGUAACUGUAAAUUUGAUUGGCAUGGUCCAUUCUUUUCUUUGCCGUGAGAUCACAUUGUUCAGUGUCCAUUCCAUGUUGCGUGUCUAGAUCGGCAAUGUAACACAGUGUCUUUGUGAUAGAAAACGAAAUCUGCUAUCUCGUCACUUAAAGCCAGUGUUACUCUUUGUGUUCUUUAAGGUCAAGAAGGUCAGCCAAGAACAUUGGUUGAGUAUUCUGAUGCCUCUAAUUUGCAAAACCUUUACUUCCUGCUGGUUUACCACCUUUGGGAUCUUUCUAAACUGGUCACUGGUUAAGUUGAACCUAAGGAAGACUUGUGGACUCAAGAGUAGCUUGUCAGCGUUCUAUAGAACAUGAAUUUUGUAACUGAACCUACUAGGAGAGAUAUUGGGAGUUCUCUAUGUGCAAUUUAUCAACAAAUGCAAAGAAAAAAAAGAAACACAGCACAUGUAUUGGUGAGCUUGAGUUGAAAUAGGAUUUAAGGAAAUAAAUCAAGAUUGUUUUAAACCUGCUGGAGAGUAGGAAUUAGGCCACGACACUGGUCUUACUUUAAGUAUCAUACUAUUUGGCCCAAGUCUAAACUUCCCUAUCAAUCACUCUUUGGGAGAGAAGAAAGGGAAGAGAGAAAACACAUGGCUUAUUAGAGGAGUCCAAGGAGUUCCUAAGUCGUGGUAGAACGUUCUCCUUCUUUACUUUCCCAGCCACAAACAACACAGGUUACCUUUUCACUUUGCUCAGAAAGCACCUGUAAUUUAAUUAAGAACCAGACUGCCUGUAGGUAUAGUGCAAUUCUGAAUGCUCUAAUCAUUGUACAUACAUCUCUUGAUAUUGCAGCAUCCUUACUGGCUUUGUAAUCAUUAAUUUUUUGGCAGAUUGAAUGUGCUGUAUUGAUAUGUAUCUAUGUAAUUGUAUGUCUUAUAGCUAAUUCACAUUUUGAAUAAUGUUAUUUUAUUUACUUUUUUAAGAGAGGAGAAUGUAAAUUUGUCAGUUUAUUUCUGACUAGGGAUAUUUUUUUUUCCAUUUAGAAAAGAAAAAAAAAAAAUCUUACUAUCGUACAGAGCGGUACUAGCAUCGUGCUGUAUAAAAUCAUUUGCACAUUCCUGAGUAGAGGUAUACUGGUAAGACCCAAAGGUAAUUUCAUAGCAAAAUACAUAAAAUCAGUCGGAGCUUUUAUACAAACAUGGAAACCAACUUUGUAGAACUUUUGCCAUUUGACCUAGGAUUGGAAUAUGAGCUUUUAUACAAUUCAUAUUCUUAUUUGGCAAAUGCACAGUUUAGUAUUACCUCUCUGAUGGCCUUUAUUAGAAAGGCAGUUUUAGAAGCUAUUGUGAUCCACUAAGGAAAUGUUUUAACAGCUAGAGACCACUGCUUGCCCAAAAGGGCAAUCUUAAAUUUGGUGCAGCAAAAAAAAAAAAAAAA